CUGCAUGCAAUAACUCUUUUCUUUGUGUUUUACUGGGGCAAUAAUACUGCGGUGAAAGUUUUGAUCACAGUGCGGGGUUGAGUCAAAAGCUGCCAUGGGCUUUCGCCAGCUUGUUUAGCAACCCCGAAAGCAUUAACAAGAGUGAUCUCAUUUUAGUGUCGGACGAUGAAGCUGAUCAUACUCAAUGACUACGACCAGGCAAGCGAGUGGGCUGCAAAGUACAUUAGAAACAAGAUUUUACUGUUCAGACCUGGCCCGGAUAGAUUUUUCACCCUGGGACUUCCCACAGGAAGCACACCUCUGGGUUGUUACAAGAAACUGAUUGAGUACUACAAGAAUGGAGAAAUCUCAUUUCAAUAUGUAAAGACUUUCAACAUGGAUGAAUAUGUAGGACUUCCCAGAGAUCACCCUGAGAGCUACCACUCCUUCAUGUGGAAUAACUUCUUUAAGCACAUAGACAUAAAAGGAGAGAACACCCAUAUCCUCGAUGGCAAUGCUCCUGACCUACAAGCGGAGUGUCAAGCCUUUGAGGAAAAGAUAACAGCCGCUGGGGGGAUCGAGCUCUUUGUCGGAGGUAUUGGACCCGAUGGCCACAUUGCCUUUAAUGAACCUGGUUCAAGCUUGGUUUCUAGGACCAGGGUGAAGACUCUGGCAAAGGACACUAUCAUGGCUAACGCCCGGUUCUUUGAUGGGGAUCUGUCAAAGGUGCCCACCAUGGCUCUGACUGUGGGAGUGGGCACUGUCAUGGACGCAAAAGAGGUCAUGAUUCUCAUCACUGGAGCACACAAGGCAUUUGCUUUAUACAAAGCUAUAGAGGAAGGUGUGAAUCACAUGUGGACAGUGUCUGCAUUCCAGCAGCACCCACAGACUGUUUUUGUAUGUGAUGAAGACGCCACCCUGGAACUCAGAGUCAAAACUGUCAAGUACUUCAAAGGGAUGAUGCAUGUGCACAACAAGCUGGUGGAGCCACCUCCCUCAGACCCCAAGAAGAACUGAUCAAAGGAGAUCUCUCUCAAACUUUGCGUAUUCAUGAGGCAUUUUUGAAAAAUUAACACUCCAAUGAUUCCUUUAUCUGAGACACAUUGGUGGACAUUAAGCAGUGCUUGGAGUUGACCACAACUAAUCUUUAUAGAAAUAAUCAGGUGCUGGUGUGGCACACAUUUGUACGUCUUCAGGUGAUUGUUCAUGCAGUCGUGCUAUUCAUUUGUUCUUUAUAAUAAAGUGGGUUAAAUUUU